AUUUUAACAAAAUAAGAGGAGAGAGAGCGUCGGGCAGAGCGGUAGCAGCAACAUGUAGCCUCGCCGAGUGCAGGAACGGUCCAAACUGUGCGCGCGCCUCGUUCUCUGCGUCUCCUCGAGCUGCGGGGGGUUGACAUGUUCCCGCUCCAUCCAGAGGACAGGACCCCGCACCACUAGACUCCACCAGGCUUUGUGCCGCAGGACGCGUCCGGCGGAUGGACGGACGCAUGGAUUGUGGCGCAAGGAGAGAAGACGCGGAGAGCAAAAAGAAGAGAAGAAGAGCGUCGGGCUCCCGGAGGCAGUGAAGCACUGUGAGCCACCAACCCUGCCCCCACCUCCUCUCCUCUCCCCUCCCCCCCUCCUUCCUCCCUCCCUCCCCCCGAGGACGCCGCCCACCGCCUCCUGAGCCCGUCCCACCGCUGCCUCCCUUUACCCCAUGGUGGCCCCACGGCCCGUCCUCUCACUGCUAUUGGCUGUGCUGGCCUGCACGGGGCCCUCGCGCCCCUCGCCCCCCCUACUGCUCCGGCCCCGGGAGAGAGAGAGGGACUCGGGUGGUGUCAACAUCGCCGUGGUCCACUCGGGCUCCUCCCUGCUCCCGGAGACGGCGGUGGUGGGAGGCGCGGGGGCCGGCGAGUCGGGGCUGGGGCCCAGUCUGGGAAACGGUCCAGCAGCAGCAGGAGGAGCAGGAGGAGGAGGAGGAGCAGGAGGAAGGGCAGCCAUGGAUACCGCCUCACUGGCAGCACCGGCUCAGAUGGCAGCGCUCUCCUCCGCGUCCCUGGCGGCGCUGGUGGGGGAGACGGUGAUGACGCCGUCGGGUCAGGCCAACGUCAUCUACCUGGCGGUGAACGAGAGCAGCCCCGGCAGCCUCCUGCUGCAGCUGUGUGAGCUGCUGGCCACGACGCCGCUGCAGGUACUGACGCGAGGCCACGUCCACCGCAGCAGCGCGUCCCCGGCGGCUCCACUGUUUUACAGACCUGACGACCUUUCACUCCAUCACCCUCAUCCUCAUUGUGCAGUGUGUUCAUCCUGUGGCUCCAUUCAUCCGAUGAAGGGUUUGGUGUUCGAGGAGGAGAGGCCGCCGCCGCCCAACCGCGCCCCCCUCGCCCCCAUGCUGGAGUUCGUCUCCGCCCAGACGGGGGUCCCCGUGGUGGCGGUGGGGGGAGGGGCCAGUCUGGGACGAGAGCCUCAGGAGAGCGGCUCCAUCUACCUCCAGUUCACCUGCUCCACCCUGCUGCAGCUGGAGGUCAUCUUCGAGGUGCUGGAGGAGUACGACUGGACGUCCUUCUCCGUGGUGACCACGCGCCACCACGGCUACGAGGAGUUCCUGGCCAUGGUGGAGGGCAUGACGGACGGCUCCUUCAUCGGCUGGGAGAAGAAGAGCGUGGUGAUGCUGAACGUGACCGACGACCCGGGAGGAGCAAGAACCAAGCGGCUGCUGAAGGACAACGAGGCCCAGGUCCGUCUGCUGUACUGCUCCCUGGAGGAGGCCGAGCUUGUCUUCCGGGCAGCCUGGGCAGCGGGUCAGGCUGGGCCCAGUCACAUGUGGUUCGCCGUGGGACCGGCCUUGUCGGGUUUGGGCUUGGAGGGGUUGCCCAAGGCCUUGUUCGCCAUCCGGCCGCAGGGCUGGAGAGACGAGCCUCGAAGGCGCAUUGCCAAGGGCGUUUCUGUCCUCACCCACGGGGCCAUGGCUCUGCGCAGGGACCAGGGAGCCACCAGCCGCUCGCAGUACGCCGGAAACUGCCACAGCGACGGCAACCAGACCCAGCGAGUGCCAGACAGGAUCAGGUACUUCACCAACAUUUCCAUUGGUGGACGAGACUAUUCCUUCAACAACGACGGCUACCUGUCCAACCCUCUGCUGGACGUCAUCUCCUACACCAACGGAAGAGGCUGGGAGGAGGUCGGCUGGUGGGAGAACGGACACCUGCGCCUGCGGUACCACCCCUGGUCGCGCUACGGCUCCUUCCUGAAGCCGCUGGACGACUCGCAGCACCUGCGCGUGGUCACGCUGGAGGAGAGGCCCUUCGUGAUCGUGGAGCCCGCCGACCCCGGCACCAGCUCCUGCAUCCGGGACUCGGUGCCGUGCCGCAUGCCCAUCAACUCCAGUCUAGUGGUGGAGGGCGCCGUUCCCAUGAAGCACUGCUGCAAAGGCUUCUGCAUCGACGUGUUGAAGCGUCUGGCCAAGAUCGUGGGCUUCACCUACGACCUUUACCUGGUGACCAACGGGAGGCACGGCAAGAACAUCGAUGGGGAGUGGAACGGCAUGGUGGGGGAGGUGGUGUCCAACAGAGCUGACAUGGCCAUCGGCUCCCUCACCAUCAAUGAGGAGAGGUCAGAGGUCGUGGAGUUCUCCGUCCCGUUUGUGGAGACCGGCAUCAGCGUCAUGGUUUCCCGCAGCAAUGGCACCGUUUCACCGUCUGCGUUCCUCGAGCCCUACAGCCCGGCCGUGUGGGUGAUGAUGUUCGUGAUGUGCCUGUCGGUGGUGGCUGUCACCGUCUUCAUCUUCGAGUUCUUCAGCCCCGUGGGAUACAACCGCAGCCUGCAGAGCGCCAAGCAAUCAGGCGGGUCCAAGUUCACCAUAGGGAAGUCCGUGUGGCUGCUGUGGGCGCUGGUCUUCAACAACUCGGUUCCUGUGGAGAACCCCAGAGGAACCACCAGCAAGAUCAUGGUGCUGGUCUGGGCCUUCUUCGCCGUCAUCUUCCUGGCCUCCUACACGGCCAACCUGGCCGCCUUCAUGAUCCAGGAGGAGUACAUCGACACGGUGUCUGGGCUGUCGGACAAGAAGUUCCAGCAGCCGACGGAGCAGUACCCUCCGCUGCGCUUCGGCACCGUGCCCAACGGCAGCACGGAGGAGAACAUCCGCUCCAACUACCCCAACAUGCACCAGUACAUGGUCCGGCACAACCAGAAGGGGGUGGAGGAGGCCAUCGACAACCUGAAGACUGGGAAGCUGGACGCCUUCAUCUACGACGCCGCUGUGCUGAACUACAUGGCCAGAAAGGACGAGGGCUGCAAGGUGAUGACCAUCGGCUCUGGGAAGGUAUUUGCCACCACGGGCUACGGCAUCGCUCUGCACAAGAACUCGCGCUGGAAACGGCCUCUGGACCUGGCGCUGCUGCAGCUGGUGGGCGACGAUGAGAUCGAUAUGCUGGAGCGUCUCUGGCUUUCUGGUAUCUGCCACAACGACAAGAUCGAGGUGAUGAGCAGUAAACUGGACAUUGACAACAUGGCAGGCGUGUUCUACAUGCUCCUGGUAGCAAUGGGCCUCAGCCUCCUGGUGUUCGCCUGGGAACACUUGGUUUACUGGAAGCUCCGGCACUGCGUGAAGCGCUCUGGGGGGAUGGACUUCCUCCUGGCUCUCAGCAGGGGGAUGUACAGUUGCUGCCAGUUUGAAGAUGAGACAACAGCAGGAGGCAGUAAAAGCUCUUUACCCCAGUACCACACUGUGACCACCAUUCCUGCCGCAGCCCAACAACACCUAGUUACAGCCACAGUCAACAACACGGCUGCCAUCGCCAUGGUGCAGCAGCAGCAGCUCCCGAAGCACCACCAACAGCAGCAACAGGGGCAGACCUAUACAACCAUGCUACCUGGCUCACCGCCAAGUACAGGACACUCAGCAAUGGCUCUAGGUCCCUCAAACAGCCCCUUACUUGAAGGUCCCAUGCCUUGCUCCACUUUCUUGCCUCGCCAUGAUCGCAGACUUGCGGUAGUUGAUCGCUGGAACAGGCCAAAGCCUGACAAAGUCAUCAGUGGCAGCACUGCUGGAGGUGUAGGAAUUGGAGGGAUAGCAGGAGGCAUCAGUGAACUCCAGGCCCAGCAGCACUAUCAGCAAAACCUUGCACAACACUGGAGCCUUCAAGCAACAGUUACAGGCGGAGCAGGGGGAGGAGACACUGGGCUAGAUGAAUAUAAGCGUUACUAUGGUCCCAUAGAUCCGGAGGGACUAGGAGCUAACUCAGAGCAGGCAGGAGGACCCCAACAGACUCCCAAAGCUAAUCCCAGAGGCCCCAAAGCCUCAGGAAUGCCACGGCUGCCUCCUAAAGGACCCCAACAAGGCCCAGGGCACUUAAUCUCCAAGCCCCCUCCACCAAUCCCAUCUUCCCCACGACGACCUCCCUUCUGGCGCCGAGGAAGUCUAGCUCAGGCAAGGAGGAAAAGCUCAGGAGGUCCCCUGUAUGAGAAUAUCCUCCCACUGGGGAGACGAGGAGGUGGGAGAUACGGGGCAAGCGAUGGAGGUGGAAGGAGGGGUCGACGUCCUCCUCCACCUCCUCCUCUGCCUGUCUCCCUUUCCUCCCCAACACACACCCCUACUACUCCUUCCUCCCCAUGUCGCUUCUACUCCUCAUGCUCCAGUGCCUCGUCCACUUCUUCUUCGUCCACUUCAUCUUCAUCCUCCUCUUCAUCCUCUGUCUCACUUUCUCGAUCAAAUUCCCCCUCCUCUUGCUCCAGCGAAAGCUCCUACAACUCCUCAUUGAGUUUUCGGUAUCGAGCAGGUGACCGGGAUUUUAUGGUAGACGAUGAUUAUGAUUCCGACCUGCUUACAGAGGAAUCCAGUCUCUUGCUAGGUUCACGAAGGAAGAUUCGCUCACGCCGCAUGUCAUCACGGUCUUUGCCGUGUAGUCCACCUCCUCCACCAAUCCCACCGAGGAAGCCACGUCCUCAAAAGGAUUACAGCAGAGAGAGGACAGGCAGCCAGCUGGCGCAACUACAGGAAUGGUGGGCAUCGUGGGCUGACAGGGAACGAGGAAGGACAGGGACGACGGGCCAAGGAGAUGGAGGAGUAGGCAGAGAUGAAAAGAGGCAACAUAAAGAGAGGGAACGUGAAAAGAAGAGGAAGAAGAAGGGUCGAAAAAAGAAAAAGAGGGAAGAGAGGGAGAGAGAGAGGGAGCGAAAGAGACGCAAAACAAAAAAGAAGAGGAAGAAAGAGGAUAAGAUGAGGAAAAGGGAGCGGAAAAGGUCGGAGCAGGAUGCAGGAGAUACUGAAAAGAGAGAGGAACACAAAUCAGGAACACCAGACUUCCCAUCAUACCCACCCCUGAGGCGAGAGUCUUUCCGAAAAAAAAGUGAAAGCUCAAUUAGAAGUUAUGGAUGGAAUAUUCCGGGUGAAGAUGAGAGGAAAGAAAGAGAAGAUAAAGAGAGGGAUGAUGCAGAAGACAGCAGAGGAAAGGAAAAGCACCAUAGGCGGAGAAACAGUAAGCACUAUCAUAGCUCUAGCAGUAAGCCUUCAACAUCUGUGAAGUUCUGGGGUGGAGGAAACCCAUCCUCUGACACCAUCCCAUCUGCCUUUUUGCCCUUGUUGCCUGUUUCUUCUAAAAGGAGGAGGAGUAAAAGUUCGGACAGAGAUGCUGUAGGAGUGGAGGGAGAGCGGAGGCCAUUACUGGGAAGGAAUGAAAGAGUUGAGAUGCAGUCCAAGAAGGGAUUGUCCUUCCAUGAGUGGGGGUCUGACGUAGAGGAUGAGGAAGAAGAGUCUGAACAUGAAAGGAGGAAGGCAGACCGUGGGAAGCGGCGUGGAGGCGCAAGAACCAUGUCUGAUGAGGAAAGGGAACGUGACAAAGUUGCAGGAAUAUAUUCUGAUGAUGAUGGUUCUUCAGGAGAGUUCGGGAAAUUUGAGAGGUACUGGGAGGACCAUGAAGGCAGGGCAGUUGGAGGGAUUGGAGGUGGGGGAUGGUUUUUUAGCACCUACCCCUCCAGAGAAAAAUCUGGCAGCAUCAACAGUAGAGAUGAUUUGUUCCUUGAGCGAGGAGAGAGGUGGGGAACAGCAGAAAGUGGUUGGGGUUCUAGUGGAGGUGGUGGAGGAGGAACAGCUGGAGGAGAGAGAGGAUGGGGUUCAGGAUCACAUUGGCCCCCGCCUCCACUUACGCCACCACCUCCUCGACGAUACUGGUCAGUUGAUAAACUCCACAUACAGGAUGAGAAGAAGACUAAACGGAAGUCAAAGGACAAGGGAAGAGGACAUGCAGCUUGCUGUCAUUCCCCCCGACACCAUUCUCACUCCCAUUCCUCUAAAUGGACCCGUGUAACCUCAAGAAGCCAGGAGGAGCUGUUUCACCACUGCCAGAGCUUUGCUGGUCCCCUCAAACCCAAACAUGACUCUUCCUCCUCCUCCAAACCCGAUCGCUCACAGAAUCCGUCCAAGUCCGGCAGCCAGUCAAACCUUAGCAUCCAGCAGCGAGCACAGAGAACAGAUCGAGAUCGAGAUAGAGGAAGACAACCGUCCCCACCGCCAAGCCUAAUACCGAACCUGCCACCACCACUCCCUGCCCUUCCAGCUCCCCCGCCCUCCUCCUCCCAUCCUAUCCACGCUCCUCCUACCUCUUCCUCCUCUGUGUCAUCUCCCUCCGUAGUCUCAUCUACCCCCGGGGCCCCCCAGCCCUCCUCCAUGGCUUCGGCAAGUGCCAAACUGCAGUACCAGAGAUUGCGCUCUGUACCCCAACCCCAGAGGUUUCCACAGUCUCCUCACCUACCCCUCAAAGCCAAGAGCCUUUGCUCACGAAGGGGCUCCGCCCAUUUCUCCAGUGUCGAGAGUGAGGUCUGAGGUUCAACAAGGUUUCAAAAGUCAUAUGACAGCCCUGCAAGGCUGGUGCUAAGCAGGCGGUCUGGAUCAACAUGGCUGGGCAUGUUUGUGCAGCCAGCCAGAUCAGAACAGUAUACACAAUGAGCCCUUUCCUGAAGUUCUGCACAAACAAACCAGAAAGCCAAACACACCCGGCAGGGUAGGUUAAGGGAAAGCAGGAGCAAGGUUACAAUACUUGCUGUUGUUUCCUUUCCUUUCUCAAUAUGUGAAAGACCACAACCACUGCAACAGCAUUCCGAACUGGUCUAACCAACACACUAAAAGCUAACCCACAUACAACUGAAGAAGACACCUUUGCUAUCAACAGUGAAGGGCUUUGGAUGUUGAAGCAGAGCGGUAGUUUGUAUUCAGACCAUACCUAAUGCUUACUGAGGGCUCAGGAACUUUGUAGUACUGUAUGCCUGCUGCUCUCGGAAGUGUUCUUAUUUUCUUUCCCUUAAUUAAAUCGCUUUCCCCUACUUUCCUUUAUUCCUUAAUGAACUGUUUACACCCUGCAGAACUGUGACGCCCACCUGAGGCACCUUUGUAGUGUAUGAUCAAUACUUUCUUGUUUAGAGGGAGAGGAGGGUGAUAACCACCUUGUCUUAUCCAUGCACCCUUUGUCCACCUCACAUUUAGUAUAACUCCCCUCCUCUUUUUUGUGUGUGUUUGUUACUUCUUUACCUUCUCCCUAUCUCAGCCAUGCGUCUAUCUUCUCAUCGCUCCUGUCCUCCCCUCUUGGCUCCUCUCCUUGAUGUGAUUAUUCCGUGCGUCUGUGCUUUUCUGUGUUUGUAUUCUUGACAACAGGGUAAGUCAACUGUGACUGAUAUUCUACUGGCUUAAUGAAAAGCUGAGUGCCAAACCUAAGUAGAGCUUGACAUCAAUCUGUACAACAUUAGCUGCUGUGUUUCCUUUUAUCUCACUGUUUUCCAUCAUCUCCCAAAUACAUAUGUGCAUGUGUAAAGACAUACAGGACACGCACAAACAAAUCACUUCUACAGUUUGUUCUACUCCUUAAGCAAUACAUAAUUCUCAUUCUGUUUGUGUUAUUUUAUAUUUUACAAUCCUUGUUUCACUUCUGUGCUGUAGUUGUGUUGUUUUUAGUGGUGUUAUGUAUCAGUUAAGUCUUUUACAAUGUAAGCACUGUGCCAUACUACUCCAUUCUAGGUGCACAUGAAAUGAUCUCUCAACUACCUAAGUAUGACGACAGAGAAAGUGUGUGUUCCCUGCCUGUCUGCCUGAAUGUAAAGUCAGCCUUUAACCAGAGUGCUGCACCUGAGACACUCCAGAACGGACGUUGUAGCAUUUCUGCUGGUUGCUGUGGGAAUAUAAGCUUGGCAUGAUUUGACUUGGGCUUCUGCUUGAUGUAGCCGAAGAUAUAGACCGCUAACCUAGCUUAACUUCUGGCCCUGCAGGGCGUAGGUUGCAUUUUAAAAUGUUUUUUCUGGCUUGACGCUUAACUGGUGCCAAGGCAACACAGCUAAUGUUUCAAGACAGAUCAACCCAGGUUCACUUGCCGCCAAACAGAAAAUGUUGCUAACAUGCUACAUGGAGCCGCAAUUUUGUUAGACAAGAUCACAUGAAGUUAGCGUCACGCUUCAACUGUAGUUUGUUGAGAUGGAAAGGAUUGCUGACCUAGCGUGACUGAGGUUUUGUUGUCAGAGAUGUUGUGUUGGUUGCAUUCCCACUGAUCCUGAGCGACAAGGAGAUGUGUAUGUGCACCGACAGCAGCACCACCUGUGCAAUUUAAUUUUGUACAAUUCUCCUCUCGUCGAAAGUGUAACCAAGAGCUAUACUAGCGACACCUAUUUCACCCAUGACUGAGCUGACACCAGCAGUUACAUUCCGACGUCAGGCGCGUUGGUACAGUCCCAGUAGCCGGUUCAACCAACCAACGACGUUAGCGUCGGGACACUGGACAUCAGAGGUUUACUGAGAAAGCGGGAAUCACUGGCAGAAUUCUUUGUUUUUCACUCAGUCAUAUUUUUGUUGCACUCAUGUUGUUUGCCUGGAACUGCAUCUGAGCCAUGAGGAAAACAAAAAGAGAGCUUUUUAACAUGAACUUGCGUAGUUUGUUAGACUUUCUUUAUUAAGAAAAUCUAGAUAUAUAUAUUAUACAUAAAUAUAUAUAUAUAUAUAUAUUUGUGGCCGUGGGUAGUGUUAGCCAAAAUGUUGUUUAGCAUCUUGAUAUCUGGAGAUAUUGUUUCUCAUUUCAUUACAAUAGAUAUUAUGUGUUGAAACACACUCCCUCACUUUCACUAGCAAUAGGGAAAGUCUUUAUUUUCUUUCUUUCUCCAUCAAAGAUCGGGUGUGUAAAGCUGAGUCAGAGACACUUCAGCGCUUCGCUUAUUGCAAUCAGCAAUCAACAGCUAAUUAUACAAAUUUGUACGAAACCAGGACAAGUGUGGAGUAAAUGUGACGUCUCCGUGCAUCCACAUGGCUCAUCCGCUGGCAGUGUGAGCACGAGCGUGAGAAAUGAGCCAUCCUUUCCUUCUUCCUCCGCCUUUUCUUCCUUCUGUCCAUCCAUUGUGUUGUUGUGUGUCUGCAAUUGUGAAGCUGGUCUGUUUUUAAAAAAGAAGAGUAUCUGUGGAUAUAUUUGUUUCAUUGAAAAAAAGCAUAUCUAAAUAUAUAUGAUAGUAUAUUUCAGAAGCUACAGUAUGUUAUAUAAGUUUGUCUACUAAAUUUACGCUAUUAUCUCAAUGAAUAUGUCUUUUUUUGUCUGUCUGUCUCUCCUCAUCUCGAUCCUCGGCCCAGCUCUCUCCCCCUCCCCCAGCGAAAACAGAGACCAGUAUGUAACUGUGUUUUUGCUCACUUAAGACCAACCAUCCGCCUCCAUUAGCUAGCUACUGUAGCUAACGCUAAGAUCUCAACAAGGUGACGGCGCGGAGGGGUGUGCGAGUGUCUUACGACCGUGUCACUGUAGCAGUGGUGGCGCGUGUUUGUCUACCCAGAGGGGCCUUUAUUUUUGGUUUGGGCUACAGAGUAACGACUAAUUAACUCUUUUAUGGAUACAGGAGCUUUUACCACAGUUCUCACUGGUGUAGGGGUCACGUUCUGGACCCUGGACUUUCUACCGCGGUGUACAGUUAGGCGACCUCUUUGGAACACAAUGUAGCGAGCAGCACAGGCUUUUUUUGCGAUUCUUAGUAGCUGUACUAGACAAACACAUGCACAGCUGCCCCUGCCUAUCAGCAUACACGGUAUAAAGGAGGACCUGGGUCAACGUACGUAGUGUGUUGUAUCCGCCAAGUCGCUGUGCUGCCAAACAUGAGGAGAACACAACACACACACUUUCUUAAUUUUACAAUACUGAUACGUGUCGGGGGCGGGGCUAAAUCUGCUCGCCAGUGGUUUCCUCUAAGGCCAAGAACAGCCAGACUAGGGCUACAUGUAAUCUGAAUGAAGAAAAUCUGGAUGGACGUGUAUGAACAACACUGCCAGAGACAGGAGCUCCUCCCUCCUGGCCAACCUGUAAGAUGCUUUACUCUCAGCAAGGUCAAAGGUCAAUCAACUUUAACACCGCACUUUAAAGCAUGUCUGGCCCUGAGCCCUGGCGAGUCCAGUUUUGGCCUACAACGGACAAACAUCCACCUCUGAGCAGCGUCUCAAGGCCUUGUAUCAAAACCGACUGUGGAUGAAGGGGAGUUGGGCUGCACUUUAUUGUCAGCACCUCACACACACAGACCCACACACGAGCACACACAUUCAGAAUCAUACGCACACGCUGCCACCACCCUGCUUUGGUUACAUCUGCCGCCCGUGGGGACAAUGACAAUACUGUGCUGUACAGGACAGAACUACAAGAUGAUUUUAAUAAAGAACUGAAACUGAAAAAAA